AUGAUCAGGCUGCACGAUGCAUUAGUGACGAGUCGAAUAAUGUACGAGCUCCCUUCAAUUUCUCCCUCACGAUCCCAGCUGGAACGACUUGGGGUUUUGCACAGAAAGGGCCUAAGGAGGGCUCUUGGCGUUCCGCAGACUGCUCCUAACAAUGCAGUACUUUAUGAGUCUCUUUCGAGACCUCUUAGCCUAACUGAUGGCUCUGUAGACAAGGUCAGAGGAUCUAGUGCAGCUGCUUUUCAC